AUGGCCUCAGACAAAUCCUCGGGUGAGUCUAUCGCGUAUCGAGUGAUCAUCGCGUCUGUUCUUGGGCCUGUCGUUGCCAUACCUUUGUGUGUCGUGCGUCUUUACACGAAGCGCUACAUCCUGCGUAACACCGGCUACGACGAUUGUAAGCAAUUAGUUACUCCCAAAAAAACGACGAAUGGCCUUGGAAAGCACAGAUGGGAUGUCAGCGACUACCAUUUUAAUAAACUCAUGAAGCGAUCAAAGCAUCUCUAUGCUUCUUCUAUCUGCGCUUUCUCGAUAUCGAGAAGCUUCCGAUGCAUCGUCUACAUCGUCAUGGCCAUUUGCGUCCUUUAUAGCGUUCCAGCUGCCUUUGGUUUCUUAUGGGUGUGCCAACCCAUCGCGAAAUACUGGGACUUCAGCAUCACAACGGGCUCCUGCAUUGAUCUGAACGCCUUCUUUUUGGCUACUGCUUGUAUAAACGCAGCAACCGAUCUGGCACUCUUGGUACUACCACUUUUCAUCAUAAAAGACCUGCGACUCCCUAUGAAACGGAAGAUUGGUCCAGCUUUGCUGCUCAUGACUGGCUCCUUUGUGUGCGUCGUCAGCUUGAUCAGAGUUCAUGCUGUCGUUCGCGAUAUGCAUAAGAUCGCGACGGACGGAACCUGGGCAAUGGUGAUGAACUUCAUUUGGAUUCUGGUCGAGAUGUGGAUGGGCAUCAUCUGCACCUGUCUACCUACGACCCACACGUUCGUCAAAAAGUACUUCUGUGCGCCGGUGCCUACUCCUACCCCUGGAGUCCAGAAUGUCAACUGGGUGGCCCUCGAAGUUGGUUCAAAUCGCAGUCCAAUGAAAGAUUCGCGCGACAGGACGUCCGAGUCCAAGAAUCACGAUCACGAUUUUGCAACAUUUCGGUCUAUCGAAUGCGAUGAGAGAGCCUUGGCAUCUGCUUCAUCGUGUGAUGGGGAAUCCAGGAGAUCACUGGACAGCAGAGUGUAAUUGCUAUAGCGAUAGCUGUAAAGACCCGACGACUUAUCAUGAUUGUAAU